UAUAAAGAGUACUUUAGAUGCAUGGUGUGGCUCUGACACCAGUCUCAUGGCGCAUGCAGCUGUAGCUCUGAAUGAGAUUGGAUGCAGAGCAAGGCCCUAAUGGACAGGCAGGAUUCUAUGGGAAGAGGUGGUGCUUUCAAAUAUCCUGGCCUCAUACCAUUUAAGAUUUGGGAGGUUGAUACAGCUUGAAUCACAGGCAUCUUUUAAAGACAACCAUGUUUAUCAGAAACAUGAUGGUAGGAAUGCUUCUUAUCUGUUCUCUAUGGACAGAGACCACCACAGCCGGUUCCAGUUUUUUAAGUCCCGAACAACCGAAAACUCAGCAGCGAAAAGUCUCCCCAAAACCUACAACGAAGUUCCAUCGCCGAGAUGCAGAAACAUUUUUGGAUGUUCAUGGAAGUGAGACUGAGAGGGACAACAAUGAAAUAGAAAUAAAGUUCACUGUUCCCUUUGAAAUUGGCAUGAAAAUCUCAGAAGAUCAGUACAAAGACUAUGGCCCAAUACUGGAGAAGCUUCUGGAAGACAUACUUGUUGAAGGCAAUAAAGAAAGCCAAGGAACACAGUGAAAAAACAGCUGAAAAUCAAGAUGCUGGAGUUAACAUAACAAUUUUACAUUAAAAUGAGUUUCAUGCUUUGAAUUAAACUGCUUCAAAUCUUACUUUAUGCUAUCU